GAUCUCCGGAGAUAGCCAGAAGGAAGAACUGAUCUCAGCCCCAGUCCAACAGAAAGUUUUGAACCAAUCUCUACCAAACUCCCAAACCAAAACAGAUACAUAUUUGACGCCGCAAAGACCUUCUCAAACCCAAGACGCUGGCCGACCGUCAUCAGAACCAUACCACCUUCUUGCUCCGGAUGAUCAAGGCAGUCCGAAAUCACAAGCUGCCAGUCAGGCAUCGCCUCCAGACCCUCUCGCUUUGGGUUCGGACAGCCAUAACGCACCGGAUCACGUGCGACCAAAUAGCAAACGCUUCAUAAGGGGUCUACGCCUGUACGGUCCUUACUACGGCACGGCCAUCGACAGUGACGCCUUGCUGGACGGCUCACACGCCAGCAAGAGAUUCAUGCGCGGCUUCCAGUUCCUCGACAAGCGCUACGUAAACAGGAUCAGGAACGGAGGCACUUCGAGCGACGACAACGAGCCUGGGGCCGUGGAGAAAAAGUUCAUUCGAGGAUUUCGCAGCUACGACGCCGAACUGGACGACAUUCCCGAGGAAAAGAAGUUCAUGAGGGGCCUCAGCUUGGCGAAGAGGGACGAGGACAGGUUCUCGCACGUUUUCCCGCCCGAUACUGAAUUCGAUGACCUCUCCGCCGAAAGCGACCAGGAAAAAGUGCUGGUUCCUCGUUUCCCCGGAAACUACUACGCCGGGCACGACGCGCCCUACUUGUGGGCGGGGCCGGCCGAAAAAAAAUUCAUACGCGGGUUCAACAAGAAGUACUUUGACGACAUCGAAGACAUCGAUAAGCGCUUCAUGCGCGGAUUUUCUAAACGAGCUCUUGGUGACUUUGACGGCGUGACUGCACUUCCGGAUGGAUACUUCGCGGAUGACGAGAAUAUCAGCAAGCGUUUCAUGAGGGGGCUCAGUUUGUAUUCCAAGAAAUUCAUUCCGGCGGAAGCCCUCGGGAGAGAUGAUUUUAUCGACCCCGAAAAACGAUUCAUGCGGGGUAUGGUUAAAAGAAACGGCGACGACACGGAGGUCGUCGAUGCGGACAAGAGAUUCCUGAGGGGGUUUCUGAAGAAGAACACAGAGGAAGACCUUCAGAGCCUCCGUGCUCAUCCACCCGUGACAGAAUUUAAGCUUUUCUCCAAAGAUAGUAGCAGCCACGUCGGUUCAAUGGAGGAGGGUAACAGUCUUGUAAAAGACGGCGGCGGGUCUAUGAAACAAGACAGUGAAAGGACAGAUGAACAAAUAAACGGGGAAGACAAGAGGUUCAUGAGAGGUUUAAUAAAGAAGGACGAUGAAGUUGAUAAGAGGUUCAUGAGGGGUUUAAUCAAGAAAGACGAUGAAGUUGAUAAGAGGUUCAUGAGGGGUUUAAUCAAGAAAGACGAUGAAGUUGAUAAGAGGUUCAUGAGGGGUUUAAUAAAGAAAGACGAUGAAGUUGAUAAAAGAUUUAUGAGGGGUUUAAUUAAAAAAGAUGACGAAGUUGAUAAAAGAUUUAUGAGGGGUUUAAUUAAAAAAGAUGAUGAAGUUGAUAAAAGAUUUAUGAGGGGUUUAAUUAAAAAAGAUGAUGAAGUUGAUAAAAGAUUUAUGAGGGGCUUAAUUAAAAAAGAUGAUGAAGUUGAUAAAAGAUUUAUGAGGGGUUUAAUUAAAAAAGAUGAUGAAGUUGAUAAAAGAUUUAUGAGGGGUUUAAUUAAAAAAGACGACCACGACUAUGAUAAUUUUGACAAAGACAAGCGAUUCAUGAGAGGAUUUGUAAAGAAAGAGUCCGACGGUUCACACGAUGACAAGAGAUUCAUGCGCGGACUUAUUAAAAAAGAUGAAACCGACGAUUUUGUGGAUGACAAAAGAUUUAUGAGGGGCCUUAUAAAAAAAGACGAUGUAAUAGACACGACAGGGGACGACAAGCUGUUUAUGAGAGGGCUGGUGAAAAAGGAAGACGACAAAAGAUUCAUGAGAGGGCUGGUGAAGAAGGAAGACGACAAAAGAUUUAUGAGAGGGCUGGUGAAGAAGGAAGACGACAAAAGAUUCAUGAGAGGGCUGGUGAAGAAGGAAGACGACAAAAGAUUCAUGAGGGGGCUGGUGAAGAAAGACGACACGACUGACGAGACGGCUGAAGAGAAACGAUUCAUGAGGGGCUUCGUUAAGAAGGACGACCAGGUAGAUGCUGCGGUGGAGGACAAGCGGUUCGUGAGAGGGCUGGUGAAGAAGGAGGAUGAAAAAAGAUUCAUGAGGGGGCUGGUCAGACGAGAGGCACGGCGAGUGAGGAGAGACGCGGCGACGAACAAAGCGGCUGUCGAUGAAAUAUUAGAGAAUCUUGCGGAGGAGGAGGAGGGCGACGGAGGCGAUAGGACGAAUACAGACCCUGAAACACACUUCCCCGCCCAGGGAAUCGGCAGUGAGCUGUGGCUCAAUCGCCCCGUCGCGGCGGACAAGCGUUUCAUGCGAGGCUUCGACGCCUACGACAGGCGCAACUGGAACGGCGGCGACACCGAAGACGUCGACGACGACGGAAGUGGCGUGAGCAAGCGAUUCAUGCGAGGCUUUCAAAUCUACGACCAUCCCAGCAGCAAGCGCUGGUUGCGCUACCUCGACCUCGAGCGCCCGAAUUCCGUCAGUUUUACGAAAACGAACAAGGUCGUGGCCGAAGACAUGUUGGAUACCCAAAAACGAUUCAUGAAAGGUUUGGAUGCUUACAAGCUGCCCGGGAAACGGUUUAUCAGAGGCUUUGAAGGUUUGGGCAGUUCAGAUGCAUACAGCCUGCCUGGGAAAAGAUUUAUCAGAGGCUUUGAAGGUUUGGGCAGUUCAGAUGCUUACAGCCUGCCUGGGAAACGGUUUAUCAGAGGCUUUGAAGGUUUGGGCAGCUUAGAUGCAUACAGCCUGCCUGGGAAAAGAUUCAUCAGAGGCUUUGAAGGCUUGGGCGGUUUGGAUAACACCGUCGACAACAAACGCUUCGUCAGGGGUCUCGGUCUGUAUUACAGCAAGGGCGGCGGUGGGGUGGAUAAGAGGUUCAUCAGGGGCUUCGACACCCUUAAAAGGGAUUGGGAUGAGAGCGGAGAGUCCCGAUUCGAGGAACCCGUCUACAGCGAAUCAGAAACAUUGCCCGAGCUGGCAUUUACCCCAUACUCACCAGCCUAUAGCAGUUUUAGCUCACAAUAUUCCCCACUGCAGAAACUAACACUGGCACAGUCCUCGAUACCACCAUCCCAGCCGCGUGGUGCAAGCAGGUUUACUGGCUUGUAUAGGGGUAAUGUCAUUUUGGGUUAAGAAUAUAUGUUUCGAUUGUGAUAGUUGCUUAGUUUAUUAAGUUACAAAACAAAGCUUAAUUUUUAAUUGAAAAGCUAAAAAAUAAAAAAAAAUAAUGUCGUGUUUGGUUUUAAUAAAUUUGAAACAGAAACACGACGUCAAUCAUUGCAGUUUACCCGUUUAAAAUAUAAUUUUAAGCUGUUUCUCGCCUUGAAAGAAAACAGAAAUGUGUUUUUAAAAAAGUAAAAUUGUGUAAAACCUUUACUCGGUGACAACAGAGGGGGCCCCCGUUAUAUGAAAUUUAAAAACAGAUGUUUGAAUCAAACUGUCAAACACGCAGAGGAAAACCACGAAAGAUUUUUAAAUGAAUUUAGACUCGGAUUUACGCUGUCACUAUUUACCCUUUAAUUUAUGUAUGUGAUUAAUUACGAUUGAUUUUUUCUUUAGCUUAAUUUUUUUUCCUCCGGGGUGUAUUUUUUAAUGUUUAUACGUUGCAAAGGUAGUUUGAAAUAAGGAACACAUUUCUAUUACAAGACUGAAACUUCAAAAGAAAAUGUUUUUUUUUAUUAUUUUUUUAAAAAAAUUUUUUAUGUAGAUCUACUGUCCAUAAGCACCAGAAUAUAAUUAGACAUGUAGUUACACAUUUUAAACAACAAGAGAUUAUACUUUUAAAAAAAAUGCACGCCAAGAUAUCCUAUGAUAAUCUGUUGUCCUAAAUUUGUGAUUUUGAAUUGACAAAAAUCCGGAAAUGUGGAGAAGAAAACAAUGUUUAAGACUUUCUUUUAUUUUUCAUACGAUGGUUUUUUCAUCGUCUUUCCUUUUUUGAAUAUUUGUUGUUGUUUUUUUUUUUCUGAAAGAGCACGUGGCUAACUUUUAUUUCUGUAACAAAUAAAGAGUGAAAACGAAAGAUAUAAAGAUGAUAUUUGUAAGUCAGUUUGUUUCCAGCAGAGUAAGGAGGGGUCAUUUAUUACUUCAAGUCGGUUGAGUUUAGAAGUCCAGGUGGUCGAGCACGUUCAGUAAAGUUUGGUGGUCAGGGUGUUGAAAGAGGAAACGUCGCCCUGACUCCCCCCAUCAACCCCACCCCUCUUUUUUUUUUGUGGUCGUUCAGUUAAAUAAUCCCAGAUGAGAUAAGUUUUGCACAAUUUUGUGUACGUUUCCAGAAGUUAGUGUUAUAACCCAGUACGGUAAACCCAUUGUCCGCGACAAUCAUUUGUGAUAACUUAUUGAACCAUUGGCAGACUUAUCUAUACCCCCCCCCUCUCUUGUGCAGUUUCAAACCUGAUCCCGGGGUGGGGGGUGUGUGAUUAUUGUUCUCGUUUUCAUUUUUCGACGCUUCUCGUUGUGGUCAGAAGUCUGUAGUCCCUGCACCAACUUAACAGAGCCCAUUUGAUGAAUGGAGUUUUGCUUGACCAGUAACACAUACACAAAGCACAUUCAGUGCAGGGGUAGAAAAGCCCUAUUGUAUAUGAAAGAAAACACAUUUAGGGGGGGGGGGGCAUUUUGGGUUUAACUAGCACCGUUUCUUGAAUGAUGUGCAAACAUUCAGGGGUAGAAAAGCCCUAUUGUAUAUGAAAGAAAACACAUUUAGGGGGGGGGGGGGCAUUUUGGGUUUAACUAGCACCGUUUCUUGAAUGAUGUGCAAACAUUCACAGUUUAGUUCAUUGACCAAUCAUUGUUCAGCGAGAACAACAUAAUCUUUAGACUUGGAAACUCUCCAAUAUUUUACAAUUUUAAAGGCUAGGUCCGAAAUAAAUACUAUAUAUAAAAAAUCCCGAUUAUCUCUACGACAUAUACUAUUUAAUUAUUUUAAAAACCACAACAAAAAA